AGGCCCUGCAAAAGCUCCCCUGACACUAGGGUGUCAUCUCUGCUACGGAGGGAGGGCGAGGGGCCUCUCCCAUCCUGUCCUGAGCCUCUGGAGCCCGGUCCAGAGCCAGUGCGUUUCUGGGCCUCCCGCAUCUGGUUUACACGAGAGCCCAAGGAGAGGAACUGAGAUGAUGGGAGAAGCGGGGCAGGGGGACCCCCUCAGAGAAGGCUUAUUUAGUGUGGGCACCAAGGGCACCCAUGAGCAGCACGGGUGCUCGGAGGAAGGGACGAGCCGACAAGGGAACAUGCAUAAAAAUGAACGUGGUGACCAAACCAAAUCUCUUUGCAAGGGAGCCGAAAAAGAGAGAACUCUGGAAAGUCGCUAAAACUUCACAGACUGUUAAGGGAGAAAAAAGAAAAGGAAAGCUGACACGUGGAAAGAGACCCAGAAAGUCUACGAUUCCUCUGAGUGCCACAGAUGGAACAACAACAGGAGAAGAAACAAUGAAAGAGGAAAACGUGCUCAGCUGUGCUCGGCUAAAGGCAGAUUCAGGCGUCCAGACUGAAAAGGGCCACAGAGCUCCGAGCAGGAGGAACGCGAAACAAGGAAACCACACUGCCUCCCCCGUGCCAUCCUGGACUGCUGGGUGGGGGGGCUGUGUGCCGGGCCCCUCAGUUAUUUGUGAGGAUCAACCCCCACGGGUGGGGCCACUCUGCUGGCCCAGGGUGGGGCAGCACAGGUCCUGCCUCAAGCACAGGGAGAAGGGAUGACUUCUGGCUUCCCCAGCGUCAAUGGCCCCAGAAGACGCAAAAGAAGUAUGGUGAGGGGACUUCCCUGGUGGUCCGGUGGCUAAGACUCUGAGCUCCCAGUUCGGGGGAAUCUGGGUUCGAUCCCUAUCAGGGAACUAGAUCCCGCAUGCCACAACCAAGGAUCCUGUGUGCAGCAGCUAAAAGACGGACGAUUCGGCGUGCUGCAACUAAGACUCAGUGUGGCCAAAGAAAUAAAUUUUUUUUUUCUUUAAGAAAAGGAAGUGUGGAGAGUGACCAGGUAAGAGCACACCUCCCAACCUGUCACUCGUCUUCUCCCCCAUCAUCCACCAGACAGUCUCCAGGACAACCGCAGAUCCCACCUUCUCCGCUGAGAGAGCUCGCCCAGUCCCCGUCUGUCUGUGCUCUGGGCUCCCUCCCCGCCCAGUCUCUGUCCCAUCUCACCCAAGUGGCCAGGGAGGACCUCCGAAGAAGUAAAUCUGAGCCCAGCAACCUCAGUUUAAACCUUCUACGGCCCCCGCCACCCUCAGGACAGAGCCCCAGUUGGCUCACAGAGGCCCCACUGCUGGCUCUGUGGCCUCAGAGGCACCACGCCCCGAUGCCAUGCACUUUUCUAGGAAGCAGGUGGUUUCCCAGGCUCCGGCCUGAGGACAAGGACUGUAUCUGAUGGCUGCUCCACCCCCACCCCCCGCCCAGGCCCUCCAGAGAGAAGGGGCUGGCUGAGCGCCCAGUUGGCUUCGUUGGACAAGGGCCCGGCCCACACGGCUGCUCCCAGGCCUCCAGACAACAGCUCAUUCCCACGCAGGCUUCACUCCUUUGCUCACAGGUUCCCCUUAUCGUCAAAGCUCCUGAGAUGGACAAACCACAGCCGCCUCCUCUUCCUCCUCCUCCCCUGCCUCUUCCUCCCGGAACUUUUCCUGCUCAGAUAACAAAGGCCCUUAGACCUUCCUGUUCCUCCAGCCAGCCUUCCACUCAAGCCGUAACCCUCCAGGAGAAUCCAUUCAACAGCUACAAAUAACCAGGCAGGACGUGGAGAUCAAAAAGCCCUAAACAAUGACUGCGGCUCCUGGGCGCCUGGCGCCGGGGACAGAGAUGAACCAGCCACCACUGCUUUCCUCAAGGGGCUCCGGGGCUGGUGGGGCUGCUGCCACAGACAAGCUCUGACCCGGAUGCCCAAGUCCUGAUUUUGCCUCUGAUCCCGGAAAAGCCCUUCCUGUCUGGUGCCCCAGUCCCUCUCCUGUAAAAUGGGAUAAUAACGUCAACCCUGGAGGGCUGUUUUGAGAACUAAAUCAGAGAAAGCACUGUGCUGGAGCCACGAGAAGUACCCAAGAGGCAGACAGGACACUUGCUGGACCAAAAAGAAGAAGCAGAGAAGGGAGGGGCCAGGGGCAAAAGAGAAAAAGACUGCGGGAAAGCCAGACAGCUGCCCAUGAUGUGCCACUGAGGAACAGGGUUUGCCAGCUUGAAGGAAUGUGGGGAGAUAGCGGUCCUCACUCUGGCUGCACACGGGAACCACCCAGGAGCUCUGCAGUCCAAUGUCCGGGCCACCUCCCGGCCCAGCUCUGCCGGAAUCCCUGGUGCAGGGACCCCAGCACUGGGGCUGCGGAGGCAGCCGGACAGAGAGCCAUUGCCAAAGGUUGUGGGCACACUCGCGCUCUGAAAAUCCUGUGCUGAGCAAAGCUGAGUAACCGCGUGUCCCCCACACUUGCUUGGCCACAUCAAAAUCCUCCCAAGAGUGUCAGGGAAGAUGCUGAAACAGGUGAGAGUUCAUAGCACAGGUUUUGGGAGUGAGAGGCCCAGUUACAUUCCUGACUCUGCCACUUGACAGCAAAGACUCCAUCCAUCAAAGCGUCUGUUCCUCGCCAACAAAGCAGGGAGGAUCAUGCUGACCUCCGUGGGUUGUUAGGCGGAUCAAAUGAAAUCAGGAAGGUGAGGCCCCUGCGGGCACCUGGUGGGCGUUCCUACUGGCCAAAAUACUAAGUGAACCCAGUUCCCACCCUCACCUUCCACGGCACAGGGGCUGCGUUCACUUCUUCAACAGAUCCACACUGGGAUUUCCCUGGUGGUCCAGUGGUAAAGAAUCCGCCUGUCAGUGUAGGGGACACAGGUUGGAUCUCUGGUCCUAGAAGGUUUCACACACUGUGGGGCAGCUAAGCCCAUGCACCACCUCUACUGAGCCCAUGUGCCACAAACACUGGGCCCUGCACACUCCAGACCUCACGCUCCACAAGAGAAGCCACACCAGUGAGAAGCACCACAACUAAAGUAGCCUCUGCUCACCGCAACUGGAGAAAGCCCAAGUGCACCAACAAAGACGCAGCACAGCCAAAACCAACCAAAUAUAAAUUUGAAAAUAUAUACAUCCAUUCUGAGGACCUACUCUAUGGUCAUCAACACAGAGCUGGUCCCUGCCCACAGCGCAAAGCACAAGGCCUGGCAGAGGAGACGGCGGUAACUAAAGGAUCAUAAUUCAGGUUCGUACGGUGGUGUGGGGAGGGGGAAUGUGCAAACGGAACAGAGAUACCCCCACUUCCACUGAGGGCUUCCCUGAGGAAGGGACAUUUGAACUGAAGGAUUAAUAGGUGUCAAUGUAGUAUUGACGUGGCAGGUAAAAUAAGCUGGAAGAUGAAGAAGGGGGCUGGUAUGGAGAGGAGAGGAGGGAACCCACACUGCAACAGGGAGGGGACAGAUGGGAACUGUAUUUAGACAGUGGAACAGGCUGGGCCUGGCCGAUGGCUGGAGGUGAGGGAGUAAAGGUGGUUACUGCAGACCCUUGGGUUCCUUGUUUGAAUGCCAGGAUGGAUGGGGUGCUGGGACACUGCAACCCUCUCCCUGGCACACAGGCCAGCGCACAUUCCCUCUCCCAAGUGUUAUCGUUCUCAUAGCAUUGCCCCAAGGUACAGUAUAGAUGCAUUUAUCUGAUUUGUCUGUUUCCCCCACUACAACGUAAGCUCCAGAAGGCAAGGGUUUUGCACAGUUUGCUGAGUAAUCUCCAGCCCCUACAGCAAGGCCUGGCACCUUGCAUGUUUUAAUAGUUAAGAGUUUGUUGACUCUAUGUUGGGAUGAUAACAAGCAACGGCCUUGUUAGGGCUCCUGGAUUGGGAAGGAAACAUACAUCAAUAAAAAUGUCUUGCAUAUUGAUGAUGAUGACAGAAUAAUAAUGAAAGAAGUGGGCAUAGCACCCACUUAUUAAGCAUCUGCUCUCUCCCUCACCCUUUCUUCUUAGUACCAGAUUUUAAAACAGAGCUCCAUGUUUUGAGGGCUGAUUAUGUGUUAGACAUGGCACUAAGUGCUUUAAAGUCUGAGCAUUUUUCCUAAGGACCAACUUUCAAAAUUCCAAGCACGCUCUAAGGCCUCCUCUUGCCUGGAAUGUUCUUCCCCCCUACUUACCCCCAGGGCUUGCUUCUUCCCUUCUUUUCCUCAGAAAGGCCUUCCUCCACCAUCCACCACUCCAUCCCUUUUCUUUCUCUGAUUCUACUUAAGUUUUGUUUAUAGCACUUCUCACUAGCAGGUGGCACAUUUGUUGCUAUUUUUGUUUGCGUGGGUGCCCUGCUCAGUUGUGUUCAACCCUUUGUGAUCCCAGUCUGAUAAGCUCCUCUGUCCAUGGUAUUUUCCCUGCAAGAAUACUGGAGUGGGUUGCCAUUUCUUCCUCCAGGGGAUCUUCCCGAUCCAGGGAUCCAACCCACGUCUCCUACAGUGGCAGGCGGAUUCUUUACCACUGAGUCACCUGGGAAGCCCACUGUUGGUGUAAAUUCCCUACUAAAAGGUUAAGCUUUGUGAGGACAAGGAAACAAGUGCCUGGGGAACAGUAAGUGCUCAGUAAAUUUGUUGAAUAAAUGUCUCACCGAGUCUUAGGUGCUGUUACGAUCCCAUUUUACAAGGGAGUAAACUGAGGCACGCAGAGCGAAUCAUUGGCUCUCACACCCAGGGUGAGUGGCGCAGGCGGGACUCAACCCGGGCAGUAAGUCCUCAAUAUAUACCAAGCAAUCGUAAUUACUACCCUCUUACUCUGUGUCAGGUUUUGAGCUAGGAGCUUGUCCCCGUGCUGUCUCGCACAGUUCUAGGAGUAACCCGCGAGGCCAGCCCUGUCCGGACUCGGCUUCGCAGAGGCGGAAGCCCGCAGUAGAGGUCUCCCCGCGAUCAGGGGCUGGGCGGGUAUUCGGCCCGGGCCGCUGCCGCGCCCUCCGCGCCUCCCAGGGGCCUCGACUGGCUUUCGAGCCGCGGCCCGUGGCUCCUCCCUACCAGGACCCGGCGCUCACCCCGGGGCCGGGGUCUGGAUCUUGAGCCCACAGCUCCGCUACCAUCUCGGUGUGCAGAAACUCGAACAGUGCCGGGUCCGCCAUGCGCGGGUCUCAGUCGCCUAACAACCGCUCAGCGUCUCGUGUUCUCAUUGGCUCAGUUGGGCAAGCCCCGCCUCCCCUUCUUAAGUGCGGCCCACCCACUCCUGCUUCCAUUGGUGUUUCAGGCUAGCCCCGCCUUCCUUUCCUGGGCUCUCGUGGUGCGCGCGUAAACCCGGGAGUCUAGGGGGAGGGCCUGCUUUGUCUGUAAUGGCCGCACGUGACAAGCACCUCCGCCCUUCCCGCUGUUUCUUCACCGUUUCCGGGUCCGCGAGCGUUUCCAUUGGUCGAGUCGCUGGUUACACGUGACAGCUCGUCUUCUAGACUCUCUAUUUGUCCUCUCUUCUCGCAGCACAACCCGGAAGCGCCAGCCCAGCCGCUUUCCUAUUGGCCGUGCCCUUAUUCACGUGGCUCUUUACAGAAGCCCCAACAUCUGGUCCGGAGGGCUUACUUCCCGGUUGGUAGCCGGGCGGCCCAGGUGAUAGGCCGCCAACACCCGCCCAACUUUGUCCCCUAUUGGUUGGGGCUGCCGCGCUCCUCGGUAAAGACGCCGCACUUCGGAUAGGUAGAGGAUCCCGCAGGCUCGGAGCUCUGGUGACCCGCUCGCGCCAUGGAGUCUCAGAGUCGUCGGCGGAGGCCGCUGCGGAGGCCUGAGACUUUGGUGCAGGGGGAAGCGGCCGAGUCGGACUCGGAUCUCUCUGCGUCCUCGUCGGAGGAGGAGGAGCUGUACCUGGGCCCCUCGGGCCCAACGCGCGGCCGCCCCACGGGACUGCGAGUGGCUGGGGAAGCCGCGGAGACCGAUUCAGACCCCGAGCCGGAGCCGAAGGCUGCGCCGCGGGACCUGCCUCCGCUCGUGGUGCAGCGGGAGACGGCCGGGGAGGCCUGGGCGGAGGAAGAGGCCCCGGCGCCCGCCCCUGCGCGCUCGCUGCUGCAGCUCCGGCUAGCUGAGAGCCAGGCACGGCUGGACCACGACGUAGCGGCCGCGGUGAGCGGCGUGUACCGCCGCGCGGGCCGUGAUGUGGCCGCCCUAGCCGGUAGGCUGGCGGCUGCCCAAGCAGCGGGAUUAGCCGCAGCCCACAGUGUGCGUCUGGCGAGGGGGGACCUUUGCGCGCUGGCGGAGCGUCUGGACAUCGUGGCCAGCUGCCGCCUGCUGCCCGACAUCCGCGGUGUGCCGGGGACCGAGCCUGAACAAGACCCCGGACCGAGAGCCUAGCCGUGACCCACUGUCUCCACUGACUGUGCCCUGGGGGUAGGCCUUGCGGCCUCUUGACCUGGCUUUCUGCUCCGUUUCGCCACCCACCCAUCUUGCUGUCACCCUCAGGGAUAACCUCGCCCCUGGAUAAUGCUGUGUUAUGUGUGUGUGUGUUAUGCGUGUGUGUGUGAGUGUGUGUGUACCUGCUGGACCUUAGCUCUGGUUCCUCCCCCGGGCUUGGCCUUUGCUUCCUGGUUCAGAGCUUGUGUCUGAACUUGACUCCAGCUCCUGGGUACCUAGCUGCCCUUUGAUCUGUCUCCCUCUUAAGGGCUCAUGGAGCCUCAUCUUUCUUUUCUCUCUGCCUUCCUCAGUUUGGUUUCUGUUCACAGGAGCUGGGCCUGCUUCAUUCUCCCCACGGGAGCCCCAGAAUCCGGUUGAAUGUCAAUUCCCUGAUGUCUCCCUUUACUCCCUUGGCUCUGUCUCUUCUCUUGCCCCACCUCUGGGAUUUUUGUCCCUCUAAUCUGGACCCUUUUUCUGCUCCCCAGGCUUGGCCUUGAUUCCGUCUCCGCCUUCUGGUCCUUGCUCUGCCACCUCUUGGCUCCUUCUCCAUGGGCUUAGCCCUACCCUCUUGGCCUGAUCUUGUUUCCUGGGUCCAGCUCUACCCUUAGUUUUGGUCCUGCUGCUUUUUACUUCUCCCAUUCUGUUUAAACUACCUGCUUACUUCUGGGCUCUAGGGAUCCCCUAUGAUUUUCUUCAUCAGGUCCAAGAUGAGGCUCCCUCCUGACCCAAGGAGGUCCCCCUCCCAGCUGUCCAGGCCCAACGUGGCAUCUCCUCCAGGCCCAAAUUGGUGUAUCCUUCCCACCCCCCAGGCCAAGAUUAUGCCUUCUGCCCAAGCUCCAGGUAUGAGCUCCAGGCCUCGGCCUGACUCACCAGGCUGAGAGUGCCCCCAGCAGGCACUGAGGGCCCGGUACAGACUCACCCCGAACGUUAUGUGCAAUAUGACAGCAGUUUGCAGAUAAGGACCACAUGUAGUUUGUUUGUUCACUAUGUUCCAUGGGUGCUAUUGGAUGCUAAACUGCUUGGAUUUCUGGGUUAGCUCCUUCUCUCUCCUCCUCCUCACUGCUCCCUCUUCUCCCAGCCCCAGCCCCUCAGUCCCAUUCAUAUGCAUUCCCUUCCCCCACUCUCUUAUCCCAACCUGAGCUGAGAUCUGAGCUCCCAGGAUGAAGUGCUGAGGAAGAGCACUGUAUGGCAAACUCAUUAAAACUCAAGGCAUUCACUGAUAUAAUCAGUUCCUCUUAUCUCCCCAUCUAAGCUGGGGGGCGGGUCAGUUGGCGAUUCUGCUGCAAAUGUGAGUCCCAAGAAAGAGAUCCUUCCCACCUGGCCAAUUGAAAGUGGACCUGUAGCUAGGAAAUUGGGGCCCCAAGUUUUUUCACCCUGGUUCUGCACUUGUGUUUUGUUCAUUCACCACACAUUUACUGAGCUCCUGUUCUGUGCCUGUUCUGUGCCUGUCCUCAGCCAAGCACUGGGGAUGCCCCACCCAGGCUGGGCCCUCUCAGAGCUGACAGUCCAGUGGGGAAGACAGACAUGAAAAUAUUAUUGUAUAAGUGGAUAGUCUUAAUUGUAAUUUAUACUUUGACUAUAAUUUUUCUGGCAUUGUGGUUAGUGCCCUAAAGAAAUGCAGGAGUUUUGUGGGCGUGUAACUGAAACCUGUCAGACUUUGUUUGAAGGAUGGUCAGAUGGCUUCUGCGAGGAAGUGAUGAGUGAGUUUGAGGUGUAAAAAAAACCCUGAAGGUGUAAAAAGAUGAAAUGUGGGGUGGAAAAUUGUGAGCAGCAGGAGGAGCAUAUGCAAAGGCCCUGAGUCAGAAGAGGGCAUGUCGUAUUUAACAACAGAAGAGGGUGAUAUCUUCUAGCCUGUACCUGGAAUGGGGGGACCAGGGGAGAUGGGGGUGGUGAGGACUGUGCCAGCGGGGGCCAGACAAAGCUGGACUUCUAAACGAAGUCAAAUCCUUGGUCUUUAUUGAACAGCCAACAAGUAGAGAAUGAUGCCAUCUGGUAAAUGUGUUUUGUGAAGGAGCCUCAGGCUGGUGCUUCUGCAGUGUGGUUGCCUCUGAAAAAUACCCAGAAAUACUGGUUUCGAAAUUAAACGUCCUUUUAAAUGUACAGCUGAGCUCAGA